AUGCGAACGACGCGAACGACGCGCGCGCGUCGACCGCACGCGCCACCGGGCGCGAUCACGAGCGGGCCGGAGACGGUGCCGGUGAUGGUGCCGGACGGGCGCGGCGGCGGCGAGGACGUCUUCGGCGCGCUCGCGCGAGACCGCAUCGUGUUCCUGGGGACGCGGAUCGACGAGCAAGUCGCCGCGGAGACGUGCGCGCGAUUGUUGCAGCUCGAAUCGGAGGAUCCCGAGGGGGAGAUUCGCGUGUGGGUGAACUGCGUGGCGGGGACGCAGUAUUGCGUGACGGCCAUCUUGGACACGAUGGAGUACGUGUCGUGCCCGGUGAGCACCGUCGCGCUCGGGUGCGUGGCGGGACCGCCGGUGAUGCUCGUCGCGGCGGGGGAUAAGGGGAAGAGAUAUGGGAUGUCGAGCGCGAGAAUCGUGCUCAGUCAACCGCUCGGGGGGUUGGCGGGGACGUCCAUCGAGGUGAAGAUUCAAGCCACGGAGUUGAACAGAAACGCGAAGGCGCAAGUCGGUUUCAUCGCCAAGUACACCGGGCGCGACGCGGACGAGUUGGAGGCGAUGAUGGCGCGCGACACGUAUAUGGGCGUGGACGAAGCGAUAGAUUUCGGAUUGAUCGACCACGCUUUGUAA